CUGCCCCCAGGAUCAUCAACAUCACCGUCAGCUCCAACGGGGAUCGCACCUUCCAGGCACGCUGCACGGCCGAGGGGGAGCCAGCGCCUGACCUGACCUGGACCGGACCACCCUACAGCAACCUCACCUCCGUCACCAGCAUGAACCACCGCGUCACCAAGGAGCUCCGGUACCUGACCCACGAUGGAAAAUACACCUGCACCGCUGUCAAUAGCCACGGGAGAGCAGAGGGGGCUGUGUACUUCUAUAAAUUCAAAGCCUCCAACAGCUCCUUCCUCCUGAUCCUGAUAUUUGUGCCGCUGGGAAUUAAAGUGCUCGUCUUGCUAGUGAUACUGAGCUUCACUGUUUCCUCGAGAGGAGGCCACAGCCGCAAGACUCCACCUAUGAGAACUUUGACCGCAGGCAGGCCGACGGCCAGACUUUGCCGACAGAAAGAGCCUCCAGACGCAGCUGAGGACCCGGGCGGCCUCACCCGCACGGUGCGAAUUCCCGUCUGCUCCGUGCUAGGGUGCCUUUUCCCAGGGAACACAAGACUGACGUUGACUGACGGACAGAAGGUCAAACAGGGCCUGAGGGCAGAAAAUCCAUCUGUGAACACCUGA